UAUCACUUUUCUUUUUUGCGACCUCAAAUCUGUUUUUCCAAUUCCCAAUAAAAUCCUACAUUCAUUAAUUCUUUUACACAUUACAUACGUACAGGAUUCUCUUGCCCUUUUGUCUUGUUUCUUUUACUUCACUCUUUCUAUUUUCUUUCUUUCUUUUUUAUUUUUAAGUUUGAGGUUUUCAUGAGAAAAAAAUAAUAAUUUAUUUUUUCCUGCUCCUGCCCUUUCGUCUUGUUUUCUUUUAUGUCACUCUUUCUAUUUUCUUUUUAUUUAAUUUAAUAUUUCUUGCAACUAUAAUAAAUAAAUUAUGGGUGGUCACGGUGCUGAGUUGUUUUGCUUUUGGACUGCGAGAAUUCAGGCUUUUUUCAGCAAUUCUUUGGAUACAAUGACCAACUUUUCUUGUUUUGUUGUUCUAUCUGCUUUCUGGGUUUUGGCUCAGGAUUCAGAAUUCUGAUUUCUUUCACCGUAAAACCAAUUUGGGACGCAAAAGAUGCUCGGCUUUUUUCACUCGCUCUGUUGGGAUUCGGUUCAAGGAGUUCAAAUUUAAGGAUUGCAGUCGGAUGAGUAUCACAUGUGUGCCUUGUUGGCGCUUUCUUGGCUUGAGUGGAUCUUGCUUUCCAUAAAGCAAUUGAAGAUUUGAUUCAAUUUGCGAAAUGCCUUCGAAUGAUUUAUUUUCCCAGGUUUUGUGCAGUGAAUUCUAGAUGGACAUCUCGUCUAAUCGUAAGCAUUGGAAAAUCUGUGGCUUCCAUUUGAACUCCAUUGCCGGAAAAUGUUUUGUUUUGGCUUCCCUUGCUUUGUUCAUUAGAGCUGCUUUCCUUCCUUCAUUCUCAAGCUUUAAUUCUACAGAAAGGAACAGCUUGGUAUUCUUCAUACAAAAUCGUUCUAUGUCAAACAAUAAUGAUGAAGUUGGAAUCAGAAAAGACAAGUUUCUGGAAGUUCCUCAAAUAGUUUGGGGCUUAAACAAUCAAAAGAUAGCAUUUGCAAGAGCUUGUCUCACUGCAAGAAUGCUGAACCGGACUCUUUUGAUGCCCAGUUUGAGUGCUUCAUUGUUCUACAAAGAAAUGUCUCUCUUGGAGCCCAUUUCUUUUGAUAAGGUUUUCCAGUUUGAGAAGUUUAAUUCAAUGUGCAAGGGCUUUGUUCAAUUGGGUCGCUACUCAGAUCUCACGAAUCGAACAGGAGUCUAUGAACUCCUUAAGGGAAGUGGAAGGAAAUGGACAGUUGAGAGAGAUUUGGAUCAAUUAAGACAACAUAGUAGGGACUCAAUUGAUGAGUACGAGGUAAUUCGAAUUGUCGGAAAAAACCCAUUUCUUUGGCAUGAUCAUUGGCCUGUAAAAGAGUAUGCAAAGGUCUUUGAAUGCUUGGUUCUUGUUGAGGAGUAUCUACAGGAAGCAGAUAAAAUAAUUUCCAAGAUUAGAGAGAUAGGAACAGAGGAAAGAAGUAAAAAUGAGUUUGCACAUAAUGUAAUCAACUCGCAGCAAGUGCCUUAUGUUGCUGUCCACAUGAGGAUAGAGAUAGAUUGGAUGAUUCAUUGUAAAAAGCUAGAGCAAAGAUCAAACAUUAGCCAAAUUUGUAGUAGCAAGGAGGAAAUUAUGGAAAGAGUUGGGAAUAUUGUUGGCCUAAAACCCCCAACAAUUGUUUAUUUAGCUGUGGCAGAUAGUCUUCUUGAAGAUUCUAGUAUAUUGACAGGUUGGAAAGAAGGUUUGCUUCCUUUCGAGAAAAAGAAGUUGGGUGUUGAUGGAAUUUACAAGAAAUACCCAUAUCUCAUCCAAUCUGCGAUUGACUACGAAGUGUGCUUAAGGUCUGAUGUGUUUGUGGGGAACAGUUUCUCUACAUUUUCGAGUCUUAUCGCUCUCGAAAGGACGCAGAAGAUGAUAAGAAUGGGAGAUACAAGUUCUUGUGGCAUGGAAGUAAGGUGGCCUUCUUAUGCGUAUAAUAUACUAGGGAAAUCAAACGGCCCUCAGAGAUGGAUGACAAACAUGUCUGCUUCAAGCCUAAAAGCAAUUAGCUAUGGCUCUAAUGAGAUCUCCUGUUGAUAGUUACUGCUCCAGUUUUCAGUUGCUUCCUUUGUGGAUAUAUCAAGGUUUUACAGUUCUUUUUUUGAUGUAGAUGUAGAAUUUUUUUUGGUCUAGAGAGAAAAUUUACAAUAGAGUUUGUUGAUAUAGCAGUCGGUUAAUUGUUUAGGUAUACAAUUCUUUCUUCUUCCUCUUCUUCUUUUUUUCAGUCUUUUGGUUAUUUCCUUUGUGUUGAUUCUUUCAUCUCGGUGGUAAAUCUUGUUUUGUUAUAAUUCACAAGUGCAUGUAAUAGUGUCUAUGUGAGUAUACUCUGUAAAUCAUUUGAAGAAUUAGCAUAAGUAUCUAUUUUGUAUUUUGGAUUU